AUGUCCUUCUUCGUUGGCUUAGUCGCCGGUAUAGUUUUCGGUUUCACUCUGGUGGUUGCAUUCCUCCGGUCACAGAAUGCACGAUCCCAGCAUCGAAUGGAGCUUGCCGCAGCAGUGGCAGCGUUUGCCAGGAUGACGAUGGAGGACUGCAGGAAGCUGUUUAGGGUGGCGACGACGACGAGUUCUGAGUGCUAUUGUCCUUCUUGGGUGGACUUCUCCAAGCCCCAAAAGUUGAAAUGGCUAAACUCUUAUCUGACCAUAGUCUGGCCUUAUAUCAACGAGGCGGCAACUGAGUUGAUAAAGAAGUCUGUUGAACCUACUCUUGAGCUACACAGGCCGGCCAUGGUUCUGUCAUCUCUCAAGUUCUCCAUCUUCACUCUUGGCACAGUUGCCCCUCAGUUCACAGAUAUCGGAUUCACUGGGGUUUUCAGGCUGAUCUUCAAGCCGACGCUUGAGGAGCUUCCUCGCUUGGGGGACAUUCGUUUUUCUCUGCGACAAAAGAAGAAUUUCGACUCUCAGCUUGAAAUUGGAGGCGAUGAGUUCACGUCAAUUCCUGGACUGUUUGGUGCUCUAGAGGAUAUUAUAGGCAAUGCCAUUGUGAACUCAUUUACAUGCCCGGUGCGAACAAUCAAUCUGUGGAAUCCCCUUCCUGGAAUAUCUGAUGCUCUAGAGGAUGUCAUAGACAGUGCUAUUGGGAACUCCAUUACUUGGCCGAUACGAAAGAUCGUCCCUGUUCUAUUCAAGUCUCGCAAUCCAUCGAUCCCCCGGCUGCCGAAUCCCCAAAUCCAGCUCUACGUUGCGCUGACAGCAAACAGCUAUAUAAUCCGAACGGCAAACGAUUAUCUACACCGGAAACCUCAGUCCGACGACGGCGAACCCAUCCUCGCACUCGAAGGGAAUGAACCCAAUCCGGCAGCGGUGGGGUUGGCGCAGUGGCAGGAGCAACUCGUCAUGCUGGCAACCCAGACGGCACGCAUUUCGCUGACGAUGCUGGUAGCAGCUUUCCGCAACGGAACCUCCCGCCCGAUCUGGUCAUCUGCUGCUGAGCUCUGUGAUUUGGGUCGUGAUUCCGACAAUGCCACUGUCUAUCUUCGGCGAGCGAGAGCCUUGGCGGAUCGGCUUGCAGCUGUUGGACUCCCUGUCUCGGACGAGAAACUGGUGCGCAGAAUCCUUCGCGGGCUCGGCCCGCGCUAUCGGCCUUUCGUUCGAUCUGUGCUCAGCCGGCCGUUCCCUGUGACGUACGAGGAAUUACAUGGCCUGAUUCUCGAGCUCGACGCGACGAAACUUCCCUCGUCAUGA